AUUUCAGUCAGUCAAUUUUGUCAUAACUGUGGUUUUGUUAGACUUUAUUAAUCUACUUUAAAAAAAUGUUCUAUAAAAAAUACAACUUCUAGCAGCACACUUUUUAAAAGAACUUAAUGUAUUCGGGAUGUAUAUAAUCGUAUUUUAAACAAACCUACUGUGUAGGUUCCUUUGUUUUUGUUAAUGAGAACAAGUGGUGUUGUAUUGAGUGAACAAGUGAAAAAUAUUGAGUAUAAUUAAUUAUUCACAUACAACUGGUUUUUGUUUUCACAACUGGAAUACAUAUCUUAUUCUUUAAGUUAAUAAUCAAGUUCAACAAUGUGGCAAACGCAGGCAGUCCAUAUUACCACAAACAAUAAGGAGAACCACUUUCAAAAAAGUGAAGAUAAGUUAACUCUUGGAAUGACUUCUGCUAUAUCAACAGCAGAACCAAAACCAGUUGAUUUGGUAAAAACAAGGGAAUUAAUAGAGGCUCUGAAACCUUUUGAUGUAUUCGAAAGUGAACAAGAAUUAAACAAGAGGAUGCACAUUUUAGGGAAACUGUUUAGUCUAGUUAAACAAUGGAUAAAGGAGGUUUCACUUUCAAAAAAUAUGCCAGAGAGUGUUGCUGAGCAAGUUGGCGGUAAAGUUUAUACAUUCGGAAGUUACAGAUUAGGGGUUCAUAAUAAGGGGGCUGAUAUUGAUGCACUCUGUGUAGCUCCAAGGCAUAUUCAUAGGUCCGAUUUCUUUUCCUCCUUUUAUGACCUUCUUAAGCAACAGCCAGAAGUUACUGAUCUCAGGGCAGUAGAAGAAGCAUAUGUGCCUGUUAUAAAAAUGGACUUCGAUGGUAUAGAAAUUGAUAUGCUCUUUGCACAGUUAUUACUUAAAGAAAUUCCAGAAUCAAUGGAUUUGAGAGAUGAUAUGCUUCUUAAACAUUUAGAACCUAAAUGCGUGCGGAGUCUGAAUGGUUGUCGAGUGACAGACGAGAUUUUAAGACUGGUACCAAAUAUUGAAAACUUCAGAAUGGCUCUUCGAGCUAUUAAGCUUUGGGCAAAACGACAUGGUAUAUACAGUAACGUAUUGGGUUACUUGGGUGGUGUAUCCUGGGCGAUGCUAGUUGCAAGAACAUGCCAGUUGUAUCCAAACGCAACAUCAUCUACACUUGUUAAUAAAUUCUUCCUUAUAUUUUCGAAAUGGCAAUGGCCUCAACCAGUUCUACUAAAACAACCAUCUAACGUCAACUUAGGAUUUGUGGUGUGGGAUCCGAGGGUAAAUGUUCAAGAUAGAUACCAUCUCAUGCCAAUCAUUACGCCAGCUUAUCCACAACAGAAUUCCACAUUCAACGUUUCACAAUCGACCAGAACGAUUAUGGUUGAAGAAUUCAAACAAGGUCUGCUUAUUACCGACGACAUAAUAGUAGGCAAGUACGGAUGGGAUAAGCUGUUCGAACAACCGCCAUUUUUCACUAAAUAUAAACAUUUCAUUUUACUUCUGGUUAUGGCAGAUAAUUCCGAUGAUCAUUUGGAAUGGUGUGGACUUGUGGAGAGUAAGGCGAGGUUACUAGUAGGUCAGCUGGAAAGAAACCAAUACAUAACCCUAGCACACAUAAAUCCCGAGAGCUAUGCCAUGCUUGAAUCCGCCAUGGAACCCCAUACAUUAUGUUCCAUGUGGUUCAUAGGACUUGAGUUUGCCAAAACUGAAGGUAUCAGCGUCGAUCUAACAAGAGACAUUCAGACAUUUACGGAACAAGUCAAUAACCAUGCUAUCAAUAUCAAGAUGCUGAAGGAUGGAAUGAGGUUAGACGCCAGGCAUGUCAAAAGGAAACAGCUGUCACAAUAUCUUGCUCCGGGAGUGCUUAAAAGAGAAAGGAAAUUGAGUAUCAGUAAGAACGGGGUUACACCGGAACAAAAUAGAAAGAGGCAGUCUUCGGAAGCUACUCAAGAACACAACGAUGCUCCAAGUAAAAAGACGAGGUUGUCAGAGGAUAUCGCGUCACAAGAGUUCGAUGAAUGCUCCAACACGUCAAUACACAUAGAUUCCAGCAGUAAUUUAAGUCUAGAAUCAGAGAGUAACAUUAGUUGUACAUCCCCGGCCUCAACUCCCUCCCAUAUAAAUACAAAUUCCACCACCACAAACGUACCAGAAACGGUGUGUACGUGACAAGCUACAACUGAUGUAUAUGUGAGUCGUCCAUUCGUUGCUGUCAAAUAAAAUAAUUUUUAUUGUAGGUUUCUUCCAAGAAACAACAGUUUAUGUGGUGUUCACGUAUGUAUUAAAUUACUUUUCCAAAAACAGACAGAAAAACUUUUUUGAGGUAAAAUAUUAUCGCAAAGAGUGCAAUGUUCUUAUUUUAAGGCUUAAUGUGUUUAUUGUGAGUGUGCGUUAAAAAUUAUCCUGUAUAUACACCAAAAGGAUUCCUCCGUCGUCAAGGAAAGAUAAUUUGUAGGCAGAUAGACCGACUGCACAUGAAAGCGGAUGAUCUAAAAUCCAACGAAAAUACACAGGAUGUAUCACUUGUAAAAUGUUCGUUUAUUUGUUUAUCAGUUUAAGGAUUCUUUAAUGGUUUAGAUGGAUCUAGCGAUUUAGUUAACCUAUGGAGUAAUUUAUAAUUGAAAACAUAAGUUUAUGAGGAGUUUAAAGGUAUUGUCUCAUUUUCUUCUAUUUUUAGUUGUAUACCAUGGAGUCUGAUAUUUUUUCGGUUUCUCGUCCAAUAACUAAAUUGUCGUUCUAUAUUUCCCUUUAGUUUCGUCAACACUCAUAACAGUCUGCCCUCUUGUGUUUAAUUUACGCGUUGAUUCCAUUCGUUAAUCAAGUUUUGCCAGUAUGAUGUGAUUGUUGUUGUGUUGAUAUAUUGUUUGCACCAAAGCUUAAGGAUUUUUGCUCUCUUAAGCCUUUAUAUAAGUUUCUAAUUUGGCCAACAAUAUACUGGAGUUUUCAGUUAAAUAAAGCAACAAGAUCAUAUUCUAUUGUCAUAUAUGGGUGGCUGUCCCACUACUCUUUUCACUCUACUAAACUUAUGUUUAAUUUUGCUUCACUAAAUCACUGGAUUUGUCUCGGCCAGGCUAUGCAGACAUCUUAAUUAUUGUCUUUUAAUUUUUUUCAUCGAGUUAAUACUGGCAGUUAAACUAGGUGAUUCGCUUCUUUGACUCAGCCAAUUUUGUGUUUAAACGCAGAAGUUGUGAAUAUAGUCCGUUCGCUUAACUCAGACACAACUGGCUAGUGAUUUUAGUAAGUAAUUUUGCCAAUUUGGUGAAAUUGGCAAAAAAAUAAUUACUAAAUACUUAAUUACUAAAUAGUUAGUAAUUUUGACAAUUUUGGCAAAAUUGGCAAAAAACAAAAAAACUACCUACUAAAAUCACUAGCCAGUUGUGUCUGAGUUUAGCGAACCGACUGUAUUACUGUAUUUCAGAUUUUCGUGCAACAGAAAUGAUCCAUGUAAAAACAGGAAUUACAUUCAAUAAAAGUUUUUUCUAAAUACAA